AGCAUGAUGUCAUAGAGAAUGGUGAGCCAACCAACGGAAACUGGCUGUUGCUAUGGUUACAUUUCAAACAUCAGCUGUAUAGAUAACAGAUCCCAAAGAAUCAUACUAGAAACUGAAGCAGUCUCUUUACAGUCUCUUUUAACGCAUCCUUCUAUUGACAUCUUUGACCUGACCCAGCUUCAGCCCUUUUUCUCCCGCUGUUUACAAACCUGCCUUUUCCCUUUUAUCCUCGUUGUCAUCUUUGAUUCCUAUGUUUUGGCUUUGGAGAUGAUGGACAAGUCACACAACUUCUUUCCUCUGAGAAUCUAUGCAGGCCACUUGAUCCUGUACAACCUUCUGCAAGGCUGUUUUGCCAACCGGGAACUGCGCAGGCAACGCCGAUCUGCUUCACCCAGAAGCUUCACCAAAAAGGUGGUCAUCACCAUUUAUGUCUAUCAGGAAGAUCCAUCGUACCUGCGCCAGUGCCUUACCUCAAUCAGAAAUAUAAACUACCCAAAGUGGAGGUUUUCCGUUGUGAUGAUCAUUGAUGGCAACAAUCCAGAGGAUGAGUAUAUGAUGAAAAUAUUUGAGGAGGUGUCAUGUGGGGAAGACCUGGGAACAUAUGUCUGGAAGAACAACUAUCACAGUUGCCCAACAGCAGGUGGCAAAGCAGAAGAUCCUGAGAAAAAAGAAGUGGAGGCAUUGAUUUGACCAAGAGGCGCGUCUGCAUCAUGCAGAAACAGGGUGGAAAAUGGGAAGCGAUGUACACAGCAUUCAAAAGCCCUGCAAGACAAAGUGCACUACAUCCAGAUAUGUUUUUUCUUCAUCCCUAUCUUAAUAAAUGACAUAGGAUAUUA